UUGAAAAGAGAGAGGACACAGACAGCAGCUCUGCGGAGCUCCAGUCUCCUUUUUUCAGACACGUCCGUUCACCAUGGGGACUCAAAGUGACAAACCGGGUCCGGUAAAACCGUUUUGGGGAGCCGUUCAGUGACAGCAGCUGUUGUUUGACUGACAGACAGACCGGUGAGACGUGACGGACAGGUAACCGUUUCAAAUCAAUGGCCUGGGGAAUACGGUGUAACGUUAAGUAUUUAUUUCGGACUUUGCGUCGUUGAGGUUGAAGCAUGGGGCGGUUAUAGCCGGUAGAAGACCGGAGAGGCUUUGCGUCUGGUUUUGCGUGCGCUCCGUCCCCUCCGGUGGACACAACCGAAGACACCGGAGACACGGACGGAGACCGUGUGUCGGCUAGUUCGGCGGAGACAUGGCAGCGGCUAUCGCCAGCGGUUUGAUCCGGCAGAAGCGGCAGGCGAGGGAGCAACACGCCCACCGACCGACGACCCACCGGCGGAGGAAGAGCCCCGGCAAGAAGCAGGGGUUGUGCAACGGGAACCUGGUCGACAUCUUCUCCAAAGUCCGGAUAUUUGGCUUGAAGAAGAGGAGGCUACGGAGGCAAGAACCACAGCUGAAGGGCAUAGUAACCAGGUUGUUCUGCAGGCAGGGCUUCUAUCUCCAGAUGGGCCAGGAUGGAAGUCUGGACGGGACCAAAGACGACAGCACCAACUCAUCUCUGUUUAACUUAAUUCCUGUGGGUCUGAGAGUCGUGGCCAUCCAAUCAGUCAAGACCGGCCUCUACAUCGCCAUGAACGGGGAGGGUCACCUCUACUCAUCGGAACUGUUUACAGCAGAAUGUAAGUUUAAGGAGUCGGUGUUCGAGAACUACUACGUGAUCUACAGCUCUAUGCUCUACAGACAGAAGGAGUCGGGCCGGGCCUGGUUUCUGGGCCUCAACAAGGAGGGACAGGCCAUGAAGGGAAACAGGGUCAAAAAGACCAAACCAGCUGCACACUUUCUGCCUAAACCUAUAGAAGUCGCGAUGUAUCGAGAGCCUUCGUUGCACGACGUAGGGGAGGCGGUGCCUAAAAUCGCUGCUGUGGGCCCGCCUUCCAAAAGCACAACCAGCGAACCGGUGGUCAUGAACGGCGGGAAACCAGUCAGCAAACCUGACAAGGAGGAAACAUAACCCCGCCCCUCUUUCGACCCCCCACUGCUGCACAAUCAUAAACUGCAACAAAAGGUAACAAAAGAAGUUCUGACUGGUCAGCAGUGGGGCAAGUCCCGCCUCUCGUCUCUCCCUAUUGGAUGGAUCCAGCAUCACUGGGGGGUUGGGCCGGAGGGACAGAUUGUGCGGCUUGAGGCGGGGGAAGAGGAGGACGAAGACUCAGGCCAAUGCUAGCCAGAUAUUCUGACACGGACUAUGGCGUGUGGACUUCUUCAAAAUAUAAACGAAAGAAACAGAAAAUGGAACAAAAUGUCGUCUUCGCCCGUUUUUUUCUGUGACAAUCUGUAAGAAUGAGGGCCCCCCCCCCCCCCCCGUUUUUUUCCUUUCCCGAUGUUUCCUGUUAGCAGGUGUGCUUACUCGACACACACACUCAAACGCACACACUCUUUUCCACUCGUGCUGAAAAAUCGACCACUUGGUUUUAAUUUUUGAGCAGAUAAGAAACAGAUUAAAAACAUCAGCGAAACAGCAAACCCUGACACUUCAGAGGUUGCUUACUCAUCAAUCAAUGAAAGAGUAAUUAUCCUUUUUUAUUUCUUUUUUACACUAUUUUACAUAUUAUUGGGUCUAAAUGACAAAUUGGUACAAAGAGUUUGGGGAUUGCUCCAGUGAAGAGCAAUUAAGAAAUGAAUCGUUGCCCAUGUUUACGAUUAUCGAUUCACACUUUUGCAUUUGUUGCAGGAUAUUCUGUACAGAGCAAACAUGUGACGGCUUGUCCCUCAUUUGAAUCACGUACUACUUAGCUUUUAAAAAGAGAGAAAUCACAUUGGACAGCACUUAGCUCAAAGCAUGCGUGUCCCUUUACUUUGCAUACAGAACACUAGUGACGUUAUUGUACAGACACAGAACAGACUUAACGUUCUUUAUUCAUAAUAUUUUUCACCCCUUUUGCAAAUAUUUUGAUUUCUUAACGAGUAGCUCAAAAAAAGGACACGAUUAACGGGCGAGUUUUGGCGUCGUGCCGCUCGAUUUAGUGUGUAGCUAAAUCCACAAACUCCCCGUGUGUAGCAUCAGGCGGCACGCUGUUGUGUAAGCAGCGUGGUAGCAGUCAGUGUUUACAUGGAGUAGCAGAUAAUGUAACAGACGGAGGGUCACGCCUCAAGAGAGCAGCAGUACUGUUUGUUUCUGUUGUUGUUCAAAGCACUUGUAGUUAAAGGUAUGCAUGAGGGUAAUAGUCAACAGGGUAAAAUAUGUAAAAGCCACGAUGUGUAGAGAAAGAUUUCAGAGCUGGGCGAGUGGAUCGUCCUCUAAACUCUGACCACAUGAAUUAUUUAUGUAAUGAGAAGGUCCAGAAGAAAUACGACUACACAAAGUGGCUUUACAUCAGCACAGAGGCCUAUGAAAUAAAAAAAAGAAAGUAUUACAGACCACCAAAAAACAAAUAGCACACAUCGAUUUCAGUGUCGAAAAAGCUGUCAUCAAAUCAACCGGAACCAUACUUUUUUUUUUUUUUUGUCUUUUUCUGUGAGACAUGGAGAACUACGAGGCGGAAAAUCAAAAAAUGUCUUGAAACUGAAAUGAAACCAAAUAGAUUCCCGUGCUUUGCCCUCUCACUGUGACAGACAACAUGGCACCGAUCUGUUCAACAUUUAGGCUUUCUGUUUACUUUUUUUUUUUUUGGACAGCAAAACUAUGGUGGUUGACAUCCUCAAAAAGUUCCACUAAUAUUCCCAUAUCACCGAGGAGAUAUUUAAAACUGUGACACGUUAAUGAGUCUAUUCAAGUCAGGAACAGAAACUGUGCGUCCCUUUUAGUUUGAAUUGUAAUUUUUUCGGGCAAAAUCACCAGUUUGCAUUUUAAUUAGAUCACAGAAUCAGUGUCAGAAUGACCUCCUCUUCAAAGUGAAUCCCCCUCCUAGAGAAACACAAGUCUGCGUGAUUAAUCCUCACUGUUGUUCCGACAUUAAUCGAGCUGGAAGCGGCUGAAUCGGCGCCUCAGCAACAGGUGUGUGUCUGUGAAGCGCUGCUGCACACAGUGAAGAGCCAAUCUGACGUGCUUCAUGUCGUCCUGCUGUGUUGUACAAAGGAUGCUCUCCACCGCUGAAGAGACUGUGAAAAUACGAGACAGCUGACAGAGUGUCUAAUUGGCAUUUCUCACAUUUGUUCCUCACAUACACCACAUGUUUGUCUCCCUCUCUGAUCUCAUUAGCUGUUUUCAAACAGAUGACACCGACCAGCUCGCAUAUUAACUCCAAUGUGUCCUUCCUGUAGGAUUGUUCUGAAAGAACUCUAAAACUAGUGAUUCAUGAUGAAAUGUGUGUUCAAAAGAGAAAUCACAUCACUUUAGGUGUUUUUUUCUGGGUAUUUUUUAAACUUGGGUCUUACUUAAGGGGAUUGAAAUGUGAGAAAUGUACAAAAUCUAUUUUGUACAAGAAGUUAAGGGGUUGCUCCAGUAGAUUUCUUCAGUCAGCAGCCGUAAAACAGGCUGCUAUGUUUUAAGUCAGGGCAGCCACUAAGAGCAAAACCAGGUGAAAACGUUACUGACAGAAAACCUCCAGAGAGAGACUAAGAUCCUUUUUUUAAUUCCAGAAACACCAGUUAUAUCUGUGUUUUCAAAACCACCAGACUCCAUUAACCAAAACAGGACUUUCAUCAUCUCCUGUCUUAUUAGUUUUUUGUUGUUGUAUGACUUUGUUGUUUAAAAUGUUGCAUCAAACACAACUCAGUAUUUUUGUAGCAAACACAAUUUAAGAAAGAAGCAGCAGAAGCAGUGAUAGACCAACUCAUGUUGUGUUCAUGGCUACAGUAAAUUGCUGUUUUUUUGUUCAUGGAGCCUGGUGGUUUAGAAGAGACUGAUUGGAUGAAAGUUGCUGGUGAAAAUAUUUUUUCCCUCCAAGUGAUCUGUUCAGUAAUGUAGUCAGACUCUUACAGUCUGUCCUAACAGCUAGCAGCAUGCUACGCAAGCUGGCGUGUUUCAGUCGUUGCAGCGUUUCUUAGAAAUAUGACCGAAGAUUAGAUGUUUUUUUUAAGCUUCUGUAGUUUUUGAGACCAUUAAAGUAAUGUUUUGAAACACGUGCGUAUAUUUUUUUAAAAGCCCAGGUUUGAAAAAUACCAGAAAUACCGUCAUCCCUACCCUUAGAAAGAUUUCACAAAUCCUCAAGUACAAGUGAAAUGUAUUGCUGCUGUUGGUUCAUCAUCAAAGUGUAACUUUAUCUGGGUGAUACUGUCGAUAAUUGUUAUAUGAGUGCCUCUCAUUCAUGCAGGGUGGCUGCAGGUUUACACUAAAAAUGCAGCCACUCUGAGCUCCAGCAGGGGAGAAACAACAUUUCCAAAUAAUCCACUUGACUUCAUCCCUGUCCUGAAGAGCAAAAAUGGGACGAAAGCCGUGAGGAAAUGUCUUUUUGUUGUGCUUGUUUCACGUCAGAGAAAUGUGGAUGUAACAUUUAUUGACUGCUUGUUGUGUCACGAUAGGGGGUUACAAGUAAAACAGUAAAAAAAAAAAAAAUAAAGCCUGACAAUCAGGUCUGUAAACUUUUAUUUGUUUUGAAAUGUAUCCCGUGUUGUCUUAACUGCGUGAACCUUCCUCAGACUCCACUUUAAUUACAGUAUAGAGGACAAUGUUUGUGCCUGCCUGAGCAACCAUUAGCUGAUCCAAUCAGUUACAAGACUCCGGGACAGCGACUCUUAUUCUCCGAACGAUUAUCAAGCUGCUUAUUUAUCCUGCACUGCUGGUAGAGAAAAAAAAAAGACAAAGCAAAAUGAACAUGUUUCUGUGUUCACGGAGGCUCUGCUUGUUAUGUUAGCCGUAGCGUCUUGUUAAAAAUGAAGAUCUGUGGCACAUUCUCAAGAUUUAAUAACAGCUGAGGCCAGAGAAAAUGGCCUGGUUUCCUGGAUACUGACCAAAAAACACUGCUAGGAUAGUGUUUCCAGGCUGGCAAUCACGGUUCAAACAACGAAAGCGCAAUUACUUUCAGCGUCUCCGGAGAGAUCUGUCUCCACUGGUGUUUAGCCAGGUACCAAGGCUACAAUUAUGAGAUAUCUAACAGCGGGUUCUUCUCAGGAAGAGAGCGUCUGAUUUAAUUAGAAACAAGCAAUCACCACAGCCUGGGUCACUUUUUGAUUUCCACAUACGAGGACCGCUCGUGUUGUCAUGGCAGGCACACAUGUAGCCAUCUUACUUCAGACUGUAGCUCUGAACUCAGACAUCAGAAGGCACAAAAUGGACACAAAGGAUACAGGACAGAAAAGCUGCUGUGACCUGGUGCACUUUAGAGACACAGGGACAUGUAAUGGUUUAGCACUGUUCUCAUACUGUAGCUCGUCUCCCUCAGGUUUUUCUUUGCAGCUUCUUCUUUCCGUUCCACUUUAUUCCUCUUACAAAAGACUGCCUUAUUACAUCUGAAUCAGUAAACGCACUCUCCUCCAAGCUGUUUCUUUCUUUCUCCGAACACUCAUCCCACACAGCAGCAGAAACUCCUCAUCCUAUUUUACUUUUCAAUUAUCCUUUGAUCCCCAAUCUUCUGUUCACUGUAACUAUGCUAGCUUUAGCACUUUGCUCGUUUUGUAAUCAUGCAGCCAGAGAACUUCUAUUCCCAUCUCUGCUUUUCUCCCUCCUCUUCCUCCUCUCUGUUUGGACUGUUUCCCACUUGUUGCAUGGAAUAAAAGAGGAAAGAUGACUGGGGCUAAUGCAUGUGGUAACGUAGGUAAUGUGUUAUCAAAACAGAACAAUCAUUUACAGCAUAGCACCCGUGACAUUUUGCUUAUGGCUCGUUUCUGCAGAUGGUUUGCACCCGUCAAGCUUAUAUUUUUACAUCAUACUUCAUUGAAUUAUUCAAAAUGACGUCAUAUCCUGAAGACUAUUUUCUUCAGAGGGUCGUUGUCUUUCCAGACUGAAAGCAGGAAAACUAGAAAUAGAAAAUAGAAACAGAUAAUUGGAUGAAUUCUGCUUCUUUUAUCAGUGACAAAUACAAAGCAUGAUGUCGUUGUAUUUGCUGGUGGAUUUAGAAACAGAUGGAGGUAUUUAGGACCAGAAAAGAGUUCAGUGGCCAUGAAAAUAUCAAAACAGCAAACUUGCAAAAGUAGCUUUUAAAAUGUUCAAACUUGGAAACAAAAAGUUUUUUAGCAUUAGUCUUUUGUUGUGAAAUGACUGAAGUCCUGCAGGGGGUGUGCUCAGUGCUGCCACUGGUGGCCAGAAGCUGUAUUACAACAAUAUUAUAGCUUAAUCUUAAUACUUAAUCCAACCCCAUUUUAUUUGUAAUAAUUUCUAUUUUCUUAAAUGAUAAGACCAUUUGGUAACACAGUGCAAAUAGUUUACAAAUUAUACUACAUAAUUAUUAGCUCGUGCAUGACUAAUGAUGAUGAUGAUGCAUCAACUAAAGCAGGAUAUAUAAAUAUAAAGUCAUAAUGACUUCAUGAUAUCCUUCAUGUUGUCCCUGCAUUGGUUAAAGUAGAUUAUUUGUACUCUUAUGUGAAUUGAUUCAAACAUUUCUUCUUUGAAUAAAUCAUGACCUGCUGCUUUUUUUUAAAACUUUUUAAUCCACCAACAAGUCACAAGUUUCUCAUGAAACAUGUAAAGAUUGACAGAGCAGGAACACACUAAGCAGAAACUACGACACACAAAAAUGACAGGCUUGCUUUCAAAUUCAGACUUUGGGUAAUUGCAGGAACGUAUGGUGAUAAAUUAGCAUACAAGCAACCUGCGAUAUCCUCCCACUGCAAACUGUGCGAGCAAACUACGAGCCAAAAGCAGAAUGUCACUGCCGCUAACCUUAAAGGAUAUCUCUCUGUCUGUCAGUCAAUGUACAGU